UAAAUAGUGAUUUUCCUUUGAAUUGGACUCUGCUCAACCUUCAAAACCCUGCUGCUGAGAAGACUUGUGGAGAAUUCGAAUCUGCAAACCAUUGAUCACAGAAUGUGGAGAAGAGCUGUCACCUGCCUUCCACAGAAACGUUUUUUCUCCUCUAACCCUGAAACUCCUUCUACCUUAUACUCCUUCUUGCAGCCCUCCAUCUUUGCCCUCAAAAAAUCUCCACCGGAAAACAGAGCCCCCACCGAUGCCUCUACAGACCCACCAACGCCAACGCCACACAACUUAUCUCUAGACCACAUAAACACCGUGGAAUCAACCAUUCAUAAGUCUCUCCUCACCGGCGACACUGAUGUAGCUUGGAAAUCCUUCAAGUCUCUCACCGCUAACUCUGCUUUCCCCUCUAGGUCCCUCACCAACUCCCUCAUCACUCAUCUCUCCGCUCCUGGUGACACCCUCAAUCUCAAAAGGGCGUUUGCCGCUGUUGUCUAUAUCAUAGAGAAGAACCCAGAAGUGUUAGAUUUUGAAACGGUCAAAUUGGUUCUUAGUUCGAUGAAAUGUGCCAACACUGCUGCUCCUGCUUUUGCCUUAGUCAAGUGUAUGUUUAAGAACAGGUACUUUGUUCCUUUUGGAUUGUGGGGUGAUUUGGUUGUUGAAAUUAGUAGGAAGAGUGGUCAAUUUGUUGCCUUUUUACGGGUUUUUGAAGAGAGUUGUAGGAUUGCCAUUGAUGAGAAAUUGGAUUUUAUGAAACCUGACUUGGCUGCUUGUAAUGUAGCUUUAGAGGGAUGUUGUCGCCAACUUGAGUCUGUUAGAGAUGCUGAAAAUGUCAUUGAGACAAUGUCUGUUUUGGGUGUUAGGCCCGAUGAAUGGAGUUUUGGAUUUCUUGCUUACUUGUAUGCAUUGAAAGGACUUAAAGAUAAGAUAACUGAGCUAAAGAGUUUAAUGGAUGCGUUUGGAUUUUCCGAUAAAAGGAUGUUUUAUAAUAAUUUGAUUAUCGGCUAUGUAAAGUCUGGGAAUUUGGAGUCCGUUUCAGCAACUGUUCUAUGCAUCUUGAGGGAAGAAUAUGAAGGGUAUUUAGAUUUAAGCGAGGAAACUUUUUGUGAAGUGGUUAAAGGUUUUCUCAAAGAUGGAAGACUCAAGGAUUUAGCACAUUUGAUCAUUGAAGCUCAAAAGAUGGAGCCCGUGACUAUUGUGAUUGAUAAAUCAAUUGGAUUUGGUAUAAUUAAUGCUUGUGUUAAUCUUGGAUUAUCGGAUAAGGCACAUUUCAUUCUUGAUGAAAUGAAUGCUCAAGGUGGUUCUGUUGGUCUUGGGGUCUACUUGCCAAUCUUGAAGGCAUAUUGCAAAGAGAACAGGACUGCUGAAGCUACUCAACUGGUUAUGGAGAUUAGCAACUCAGGGCUCCAGUUAGAUGAAGGAAGCUAUGAUGCUCUAAUCGAAGCAUCCAUGACCAGCCAAGAUUUUCAGUCAGCUUUUACUUUGUUUAGGGACAUGAGAGAGGCAAGAAUACCUGACUUGAAAGGGAGCUAUUUAACCAUAAUGACAGGAUUGAUGGAGAGUCAUCGACCUGAGUUAAUGGCUGCAUUUUUGGAUGAGGCCGUUGAGGACCCUCGAGUUGAGGUGAAAACUCAUGAUUGGAACUCAAUUAUUCAUGCCUUCUGCAAAGCUGGGAGGCUAGAAGAUGCAAAGAGAACUUUUAGAAGAAUGAUAUUUUUGCAGUUUGAACCAAAUGACCAAACAUAUUUGUCCUUAAUUAAUGGGUAUGUGACUGCUGAGAAGUACUUCAGUGUUUUAAUGCUUUGGAAUGAGGUUAAGAGAAAGGUUUCAAAUGACAAAGAAAAAGGAAUUAAAUUUGAUCAAAAUUUGGUUGAUGCAUUCUUGUAUGCUUUGGUUAAAGGGGGCUUCUUUGACGCAGUUAUGCAAGUUGUUGAAAAAUCUCAAGAGAUGAAGAUUUUUGUAGAUAAAUGGAAGUACAAGCAAGCAUUCAUGGAGACACAUAAGAAGCUCAAAGUGUCAAAGUUGAGAAAAAGGAAUUUCCGGAAAAUGGAAGCACUCAUUGCUUUCAAGAAUUGGGCUGGUCUAAAUGCAUGAACAUCAAGCAUUCCCUGUGGCUGUGCUUAAAUAUUGCUUAAGCCUUUUGCUUACCGCUCCGGCUAUGCUGCUUAUAAUCAUAUUGCAAGUGCCUGCUUCAAUCUUGAAGUUUGUGUAAAUGUUUGAAUCCAAUGAGCUGCUGAGUCAACCAAGUCUCAAUUCCAAACCUGUUGGAAUCAGCUUCGAGAUCCCUUUAGCAUAUUGGAUUUCAUAUAAACUUCCAAAGUGGAAAUGAAGGUUUAUGUAGAAUGGGAGC